AUGACAAGCUAGUCCAAUAAUCAAUUUUCAUUCCAGCAGCUUAUGUUUUACAAAAUAAAUUAAGAUAUUUUUACGAAUCUAGGCAGUGUUGUUAAUAAUAAGGAAAUGUAUCCGCCUGAUUUUUCACAAUGGUGUUCUUGAAUUAUAAAAAUGAAUUUUUUAAAUACUAGUUCAGUUAAAUGCAAAAGUGCACAAUUUGUUAAUUAAUUUAUAAAUAUAGAAACUAAAGAUGGAUUGGAUUAUUUCUGAUGAGUUGGGGUUGACCGUCGGGCACGUAGUAGGAUGGGGAGCUGCUGGAGCCAUGAUAAUCGGUGGCGUAGCACCAUACAUUCCACAGUAUCGUCAAAUCAAAAGGACACAGGAUGCUGAAGGGUUUUCACUUUAUGUUUGCUUAACUCUUCUAAUAGCUAACACACUUCGUAUAUUAUUCUGGUUUGGCAAACGUUAUGAGUUGCCGCUCCUGAUUCAAAGUAUUGUCAUGAACAUAACUAUGUUUGUAAUGAUCCACCUCUGUGUCAAUGUUCGCAAAAAGAACCAAAUCAUAAGAGCAAGGGAGCGAAUAUUUACAGGUGCAAUGUUCAUGUUAUAUAUCCUAUUGUGUUGUGUGAACGGCUCAGACCAGCCAGAUGAAACGGCACGCUGGCUGGAGCAACACAGUGGAGCACCCAGUGGCGAAAAGCCCCAUCGGUUUUAUGAUAUGGAAACGAAAUAUUUCUGGGCAUGGACAGAUUUCCAAAGCUACGUGGACUGUAUGCUCGUGUUUUCCGUGAUCGGGGCCGCCGCCACGUACCUGCUGAUCGAGUUCGGGCCCUUCGUAGAGCUUAUUGGGUUCAUGGCCGUGUUCACGGAGGCCAUGCUUGGGGCGCCGCAGAUUGCCAAGAACCAUCAGAACAAGAGUACUGAAGGGAUGAGCUUGAGUAUGGUGAUAAUGUGGACCUGCGGCGACGUAUUCAAGACUGCUUAUUUCGUAAUGAGGGAGGCGCCCACGCAGUUCUGGGUGUGCGGUUCGCUGCAAGUUGCGUUAGACGUCGUCAUACUCUUCCAAGUGUGGCUGUACCGGCGCGACACGGCGGCGGCGCGGCGGGCGCGGCGCGGCGACUAGCAGUGGACCGAGAGCGACUUAUAGCACCACCGCCGCCGCGCCCGCGCGACCGCACGCCACCGCCUCCUAGCCAGAGUGUUAUGAUAACUACACAGAGUACACUUUUUUAAUACUUGUGUUUUAUUGUGGCGUGACGCAUCGAAAAGGGGGAAAGUAGUGAAUUUGGAAGAUAAACAGCUGAGAAUGAGAUAUGCUGUCAACGGUGCUGGAACGAAUGUUAUUGUAAGUAAAUACAACGUCUUUUAUACCUAUUCUAAAGUCAGUUAGGUAAUAUGUUAACAAUAUGUUGUUGAGAAAAUGGUUUUAACUUCACAAACCUGAAAUUAAUCACGUAUUCGCACUUUGUGGUGACUCCAGGCUGUGCUUUGUAUACUUAUAUUGAACAAUUCCAAGAAACGUCAUGGAAUAGAACAUACGCCGACGAUGUUUGCGACAGAUCACGCUUGAUCUUGCAAUACAGCGUCGUGUCGUGUACCUAUAGUAUAAAUCGUCGGGUGACAAGCAGAAGUCACUAACUAACACCAUUGAAAUUAUUGGACAAUAAACCGUGUUACAAGUUUAAUAAAGUCCAUUGUUACUUUAAUUUUUUGAUAGUACUUAGUGACUUUUGCUUGUCACCCGACGAAAUACUGUCUCCGCGUUUACACAGACAUGCGAGCGGCGAGCCGAAUGAUGGGGUGAAUAGAGAUUAUGGAGAGUAAGUCCGCUGUUCCCUCUUCUUUUAUACACUAGCGUUUGCUAAAGUAGGUAUUUAGCUACUUACGCCUUGUCGAACGAGUGUGUAAACGCAGACUUAUGUCAAAUAAUAACAAAAUGUGCCAAUAUUUUAUUUUUGGAACGAAGUUCCUUAUAGAACUGUUGGCGGAUGGGGGCUAGAGGAAAAAAGCGUAAGAUUUUGUCGUCACAAGCCAUAUGCGAUAUUCGUAAGUGUUAUUUUUCCGUCACUAUUGCGAUAUAUGUAAUGAGACUUAUGAGAAGGAAAAUGAUCAUGACGGACACGGACACGAUAAACCAAAUAACAUAACAUAACAUAACAUGAGCACACAGACCAACCCCUGGUGUGUUGUGCGGUGUUCUGUGCAUGAGCAUGAACACGUCACCAUCAGCCUUUCUUAACUUCGUUCGAACCGAGUGUUCCACAACACUUACCAUUUUUUAUCACAAUUGACUUCACAAUUUUCGAAAUUAACGAUUUGCAUGUUGAAGGUGCUAUAGGCUUGUGCCUCCUCAGUGAUGUGAUCAAUGAGGAUAUGAUAGAAACUGAAUGAAGUUAACUAAAAUCUCAAAGUAGAAGGCGCUUUUGGUUAAUGUUUAUUUGACUGAUCAGAUGAUAUUUGACGACGUGCGCAAAUACCAGAGGGCCUACCGCGAACCACUUUCGAGGUGCUGCCUCCCUGUCACACUUACGUACGAAUUUACACGCGCGACAGAGAGGUAACAACGUGGUUCGCGGUAGGCCCUCUGGGUUCGAAUAAAUCACAUCGUAAAUUUGUACCACUUAGCGUCUUUAAUGGCCCCGUUCUCAAAAAAGCGGCAGAAUAGACAGAAUCAGUCGAAGCUAACUUUGCACCUACUGUAACAGAGCAAAGUGAGGGAAUGUCAUUAUUAACGACAUAAUUUCAUAGAAAGUUGACAAUGUCGACAUUAAUGAUGACGAACCACGCUUUGCCAUUGAAAAUGCCAUGCAAAGUUAGCUUGGUCCAUUUAUAAACCAUUUACCAACCAGUCAUCCAGUCAAUGUAAACAUUUUCCCUUCAGCGCCCUCUGUAAUGACCAAUGGGCAGUUUUUACUAUAGAUGUCAGUGGUAGAGGGGUACAAAAGGUGGAAAAGAGAGGGAGAAUACAGUGGUAGGAGACCAAAUUAGAAAAUUGUGUGUUGUUUUGCUUCCGUUAUUUCAAGGGUGCAAUCUACUUACUAGUCGUACGUUCCUUUAGGCCGCUUUUCUACCAAGCUAAGCUACUUUUACAUAAGUACAAGUGACCUAUAGGUUCGAAACUUAGCUAGAUCGAUUUGUAUAAAGACGUAGCGCAGCUUAGCUCUGGUGGAAAACGAACCUUAUUUUCAAGGACGAAAUUGUAUGCUUGCUAUUAGCUAUUAUACGUAAUUACGUAACUAAGUAUGUUUAUUUGUACAGAAAGAAAACGGUAGUGAUGUGUUAAUUAGAUAGAAAUUAGUUUGAAUUUAGGGUGCAUAGGGGUAAAUGCGAAGGCGGGGUAAUUCCGAAACUGGCAAAUAUCUACUAAACUAGAAACAAUUCAUACUUUAGCAACACUUACGUCGCUGCAACACUCACACGGCAUUUUGCGUACUGUUGCUACAGUAGAAAGUGUUUCUAGUUUAGUAGAUAUUUGCCAGUUUCGGAUUCGCAUUUACCCCAAUGCACUUAUAAAUAUAAUUUAUUGCAGCGUUGCGUGGUUUUCCAUCUGCACACCGCAAUAUAAUUAGGGAAUGCAAAUCGGUUAUUUUCCGAUAACCGAUUAUUUCCAUACAAAAAAUAACCGAUUUACAUUCCCUAAAUAUAAUUGUAAAUUAUACUUUGUAUCUGUAUAAAAUCAACUAAAAAAGCUGUGUUAUAAUUUUACUAAAGCAUUUAUUUAAGCCCGUCAAAUCAGUCACAUGGUUUUGCUGUCUGAUAUAAAUAAUUAUAAUUUAUCUACCAGUGCGUAGUACAUAAGUAUUAUUUGUGAUAUGUAACAAUACGCGCAUAGGUAAGCAAUCACCUGUAGUGUACAAAUUGACUCAUGUUCAAAAGUAUUUUUAUUCGAGUAAUAUUCGGAGGACAUUUUAUUACAAUGUGUUCCAGAUUUAUAAUAUGUACCUGGCUAGAACCUAUUAUGUAAAGCUGCGAGUUACAAUGUGUUCCAGAUUUAUAAUAUGUACCUAGCCAGAACCUAUUAUGUAAAGCUGCGAGUUACAAUGUGUUCCAGAUUUAUAAUAUGUACCUAGCUAGAACCUAUUAUGUAAAGCUGCGAGUUACAAUGUGUUCCAGAUUUAUAAUAUGUACCUAGCUAGAACCUAUUAUCUAAAGCUGCGAGUUACAAUGUGUUCCAGAUUUAUAAUAUGUACCUAGCCAGAACCUAUUAUGUAAAGCUGCGAGUUACAAUAGGGUUGGACCGUCGAUGUAUUUCACAGAUGGCGCCAUAGGUUUUACCCAUUAAUCUUGGUUUUGUUUUUUGCUUUUUUAUAUUUUGAGUGCUAGCUCUUUAAGUCAAAUACUAUAGAACAAAACUAGAGACAGGUAAAGCCUAUGCUGGCACCUGAUAUAAAAUAUAAAAACCAUAGACAGUCGCCAGCCCCAUUUCGACCAAUAAAAAAAAAUCCAUUUCCAUUUGACCACUGUUGCCAGUUCAGAAUUCUCGUUUUUCUGUCAGCUUAGAUUUUUUUUUACUUGUAGCUAUAUUAAUAGGACCCACAGGUACGAGUAUAAGUAGGUAACAACAAUUUGGACGUUGCGUAGGUCGUUCAUUACUUUCUUUAACUUGAAGUCAUUAAGGAUAAGAUUUUCCGCGUGUCAGAUAUUUGUCUCAAACUAAUACAUAGAAUUGAAUCAAAAUCCACCCUUGGUUAAAAAAUGCUCGGAUUGACCACUACGAAGUAAUUUCAUGAAACCACGAUUGAUUCUAGGAAUUGACUGGACACUUUAUAAUAUAUUUGUGGUUUAAUUAGUUAGCUGUGCGAUGUGCGUGUUACAGUAGAAAAGUACAAUUAUGUAUUUCCUUUGUGAAAGCUUCCAAAUAAUGUUCUAAGUCCAAUUUUAAGUAUCCCAUUUUAAUUAGUGACAUAAGUAGGCUUCUUUUCAAAGUCUUCCUGAAAGACCUCAUGUAUUAUUUGCAGCUAAGUAUAUUACACUGUACCUACAAGUUUGUUUUAGCAUUCCGUGCUUAAUAUCUUAACUAUUGAAGGUUUUUGAUGUAUUCGGUUAGUCCCGAAAAGUUCAGAAUUCGAAAAUGGAUUAUGACUGUGAUGGAAUUAUGAAUUAUUUUCGGAAUUACCCACAUUCACCUUACCUGCCUAGUCUAAUACGGUUUUGUACAAUACGAGGUAAUGUUUCCGAAAUGACUACCAAUGGAACAGAAAACAACAUGAGAUAUAUUAUUAAUAACAUAGUAUGUAAAGAUACAUAUCAUAUUUAUAUGUAGUAUCAUAAGUGUCAAUUAAGGGAUUAAUUGUAUAGCGACGUAAUCGUAUGUUGUGAUUUUUAUGAGUUAUCAUUUCUUAUAUGCAAUAAAACUAUAUGAUUUGUUAAA